AUGUCGUUUAACCCCAAAGACGACAUUCCAGAUCUUACUGGCAAAGUCAUCAUCGUCACCGGCGGUAGUAGCGGACUCGGCAAAGAGAGUGCCCUCCAGCUCGCAAAACACAACCCCGCCGCCAUCUUCGUCACAGCCAGAACAGAGAAACGUGGCAAUGCCGCCGUCAAGGAGAUACAGGAUGCCGUGCCGAACUUCAAGGGCCAGAUCAAGUUUCUAGAGUUGGAUCUCUCAUCCUUUGCGUCCAUCAAGAAAGGCGCCACCACCUUCCUCGGCCAGUCUGACCGACUCGACAUCUUGAUGAACAACGCCGGCUUGAUGGCCACCCCUGCCGGUCUUACAGCUGACGGCUAUGAAAUCCAGUUUGGAUCCAAUUAUAUGGGACCAGCUCUAUUCACCAAGCUACUUCUCCCGACUAUCGUCAAAACGGCUGAACAACACGGAGGAGAUGCUCGGGUUGUCAACUUGAGCUCCGAGCUCUUCAAACAGGCGCCAAAGGAAGGAAUCCUGCUUUCUCGCUGCAAAACCCCCCUCGACGACAUUUCCAGCUUGGCCCGCUAUGGCCAGUCCAAGCUCGCGGAUUACUACCACACCCGUGCCCUGACUAAAUUCUACCCAACUGUCAAGUUUGUCGCGAUCCACCCAGGAGUUGUGAACACGGGCCUGUUUGAUGAUUUCAGGAAAAGACGGCCUUGGCUCGGUGGGUUGAUCAGUGUGAUUGGGUCCAUUUUCCUCACGGAUGUUCACGCUGGCGCAAAGGCCCAGCUGUGGGCAAGCACGGCCAAGUCGCAGAGUGUCAGGAGUGGUGGUUUCUAUAACCACAAGCUCAAGGAGUAUAAAGACGCGGUUUUGGAUGAUGACAAAGCUGUUGAAGAGUUGUGGGACUGGACUGAGAAGAAGUUUGCGAGCAAGGGGUUUAAAUGA